AUAACUUCAUUUUCCACAAAAUCCAAAAUUAGAAAGUACCCCAAAAUUAAAAACAAUGCUUUAUGCGAACAUAGUACGUCUGCUUACCCUCCUCGUGGGCUGCUUUUAUCCCGCAUUCGCGUCCUACAAGAUCCUUAACGGUCAGAAGAGCAACGAGGGGGAACUCCGUCUCUGGAUGUCCUACUGGAUCGUCUAUGGGGUCUUUGUGGUCUUCGAUUUUCUGACAGCGAGUCUAGUGGCAUUCAUUCCGUUUCUGAACGAGAUCAAGCUGCUCUUCCUGCUCUGGCUGCUGCCCACUGUGGGCGGCGGCAAUGAGGUGAUCUACGAGGAGCUCCUGCGAUCGUUCUUCAGCCACAACGAGUUCUCCUUCGACCAGGUCCUAACCCAUGUCGCUUUGGCGACCGGUGAUCUAGUGGGUCAACUGGUGAGCUCUGCCCUGGGCCAGCUGAUGGCCGUGGCGGAUAGCUGCAUCCUGUCCCGUGGGCAUCGUCCUGCCCUGCAGAUCACGCCCAGCAUCGAGGAUCUCGUCAACGAUGCGAUAGCCAAGAGGCAGUUGAAGGAGAAGCGCAAGCAGAUGGCCAGCCUAUCUGAUACCAUCGACGAGGUCCUGGGAGACAAGACCUUGUCCAGCUUGGAUGUCCUGAACGAAUCCGAAUCGGAUCUGCUGGUCCUCAAGGAUCACAGCUUGAGGCCAAAGCCCCAAACGCCGCCGAAGCCCAUGCGUCAGCCAUCCCUUAGCGACGAGGAAAUGGAUCUUAAACCGGUCUUGUUUGAAAAUCAAGAGAAGCUUUCAGCCGCUGUGCCUUAAAUAUCCCAGAA